AGAAGGCCCUGCCUUUCCUAUAUCCUCAUCUCCAGUCCUCUCUUAGUUGAAUUUUACGCUGUGUGCUGAGACAUAUCGACCCGCCCCCGCGAAACAAGAUACACAGGCAGCGUUGAGUUGUGCUGCUCUGGGGAACUCUCCAUUUAAUUUCAACAUUUAGGAAACUGCGGCACUAAAACACCUCAGGAAUGGCGCUGGACAUCUAUGACUCUCAGUACCUGGUGAUCCUGGCCCCCUCCCUGGUCAUCGCCCUCAUCUUCCUCUUCUUCUGGCUCUUCAUGAAGGAGACCUCCUAUGACGAGGUGCUGGCCAGGCAGAAACGAGACCUCAAGCUGCCACCCUCCAAACCAGAAACCCGCAAGAAGAACGAUAAGAAAAAGAGCAAGAAGAAAGAGAGCAGUAGUAGAGGGGAAGGAGGAGAGUCUGAGGAAGACCUGCGGGACUUUGACGUGGCUGACGCUGUGAGCAGCUCCACUGCGGAGGAGGAGGAGGAGGAGCCUGUCCCUGUGGCUCCACCCACCCCUGUUUCUGCCCCCGUGGCAGCGCCAGCCGAGGCCCCUGCAGGGGUGAGGGAGAGGAAGAAGGAGAAGAAAGCCGCAAAGGCAGCUGCCGCUGCAGCUGCUCCUCCUGCUGAGAUGCCUUCGGUGAAUGGCUCCAAGCAAGCUGGCCACAAAGCAGAGCCCCCUGCCCCAGUGGCUAAACCCAGUCCCCCCAUACCCCAGCCUGACCCUCAGCCCCCAGCCCAGGCUCAGACCCCCCUCCAGUCCUCUGGCAAGAAGAAGAAGAAGCAGAAGACAGAGGCUGUGGAAGAAGAGAUUAAGGUGGAUAAAGCUCCAGCUCCAGUCAAAAAGGAGGUUCCUGUGCCGGUGGAAACCAAAGCCCAGGAUGGAGCGGCCCCCACAGCCACCUCAACCAGUAGCAAGAAGAAGAACUCUGCCAAGAAGCAGAAGACUGAGCAUGCCCAAGUGGAUGAUAUCCAGCCUGACUCUGCAGGUCCUGCUAACCACCAUGGUGAUGCGCCCUCCAAGGGAAGUGUCAAGAAACAGAAGAAUGAGAUGGAUAAAGAGAACUCUGAGGUGAAGCUGAAGGAGCUGCUUUUGGGCCUGGGAAGUCUGGCCCUGUCACAGGCAGAGGCUGUCAGUGUGGUCACUGUGCUUAAAGAGAAGAACCCGUCUGCCCUGGACGCUUGGCAGAAGUCUGCAGCUAAGGCUGACCCCUCAUCCCUGGAGAGAGAGAGGCUCCUCACCAUUCUGCAGGAGGAGGCCUCCAUCGCCAAGGACAAGGUCCAGCAGCUCAGCAAGGAGCUGCAGCAGGAGAAGCAGAAGACUGUGAGGGCGGAGGCUGUUCUGAGGGACCAGCGUGGGGCGCUGGAGAAGGAGCUGAAUGUCAUGCAGGCUAAAUCCCAGGGAGAGCUCCAGGGCAUACAGAUGAAGUUCCAGAAGCUGAGGGAGCAGCUGGAGGGUCAGAUCGCCAGGCUGCAGCAGGAGAACGGCAUCCUGAGAGAUGCAGUCAGCUCUGCCACCAACCAGAUGGAGAGCAAGCAGUCGUCGGAGCUGAACCAGCUGCGCUCUGAGUACUCUGGUCUGAUGAAAGAGCUGACGGAGAACAACAACAAGCUGCAGCAGGAGGAGCACCAGAGGAAGUCGCUGGAGGUCAACUACAAGCAGAAUGUGUCUCAGCUGGAGGCUCAACUGCAGGAAGCUAAGCGCCGCUGGGACGAGCUCCAGAACUACCUCCACAAUGUCAACGCAGAGAGGGAGAAACUUCAUGCUGCUAAAGAAGAGCUGCAGAGCCAGCUGCUGGCGGUGGAGACCGAAAUGAGCAACAAGAACAAGGAGAUCCAGACGCUGCACAGCAGCCUGACCGACACCAUAGUGUCCAAGGACCAGGUGGAGCAGAAGGUGAUGCAGCUGCUGGAGGUGUCCCAGCACAGCCUGGCUGACAACUCAGCGCAGGUCCAGGAUCUCCUGAGGGAAAACAGUGGCCUUCAGACCAAGAUUGAGACUCUGCAGAACCAGUUGAGCUCACAGGCCACUACUGUAUCCCACUUUGAGGAGCUACAGAAGCUGCUGGCUGAGAAGGAGCUGCAGAGGAAGAGUCUGGAGGACUCCCUGAAUGGUGAGAGGAGCAGUGGUGCCAGCAGGGAAACUAACAUGCAGGCCAUGCACAAUGAGAACAUGUCACUGAAGGUAGAGCUCCAGAAUCUGCAGGCUCAGAUUUCUGAACAGACUGCUUCUCAGCUGACCUUGGAUCAGUUCCAGAGGAGUUUCCAAGAGCGGGAGGAGAACAUCAAGACUGUGGAGGACCUGCUGAAGAUGGGGCUGAUUGAGGUGGCCAAUAAGGAGGAGGAAUUGAAGACUGUAAGAGAAGAGAAGGAGGUUCUGAAACAAGAGAUAGAGGUUUUAAAGCUUCAGACUACUGAACAGACAUUGUCCGAUUCGAUAGUGGAUGCACUACAGAGCAAGAUCCAAGAGAAAGAUGAGCAGAUUAAGUCAAUGGAGGAGAGCCUACAGGCAGCACAGGAGAGUGACUCCAGCAAUGGGAUGACCAUUGAGUCUCUGGAGCAGCAGGUGGUGGGGCUGGAGCAGCUGAGACAGAAGGAGACGGAGGACACCACCAGUGCCAGAAACCAGCUCCUAGAACUACAGACACAGCUUGCUGCUAAGGACCAGGAGAUCCAGACCCUACAGAGUGAGUUGGAGGCGAGGGCCAAGGAGGUGAGCGACAAGGUGCAGGAGUUACAGCAGCAACAGCUGACCCACACAGAAGCCCCAAGCCCGGAACUGCUGACAGUGUUGGCAGAGAAGGAGAAGCAGGUGUCUGAUCUCCAGGGAGAGCUGGCAAAGCUGAGGGAGUCCCUGGAACUGCACAGGAGCAAGAACAACGAGCACCAGACAGCCCUGGAGACAGCUCAGGUAGAGUGUCGAGAUGUUUUGCACAGACUGCUACCCAACGUGCCUCUGCCUGCUGAACAUAACCACCAGGAGUGGCUGCAGAGGUUUGAGACUGCAGUGAAAGAGGCCCCAGCAGCAGAGGUGAACCUAGCAGCAGAGCCCAGACCUUCAGCUCCAGGGGGCUCAGAGGACACCAAGAUAUUGGCUGAUAAGCUGAAGGAAUCAGAAGAGGCCCAGAAGGUUCUACAGAAAGAUUGUGAGACAUACAAGAAAGUGUUGGCUGAGACGGAGGGCAUCCUGCAGCGCCUCCAGAGCAGUGUAGAGCAGGAGGAGUCUCGCUGGAAGGUGAAGCUGAAUCUGUCACAGACAGAGCUGAAAGAGAUGAGUGUGAAAGUGGCAGCACUGGAGCAGGAGGUGGACAGGAUGAGUGACCUCGGGGAGCUGGACAACUUGAGAAGGGACAAGCAGUACCUUGAGUCUGAGCUGGAGAGAGCAGAGCACGAGAGCGCCACCUAUGUGACGGAGGUCAGCGAGCUGAAGACCCAGCUGACUGAGACUCUGUCUAAACUGGAGACUGAGGAGCAUGAGAGGCAGAAGGUGGCUGGGGAUCUCUAUAAGGCCCAACAGUCUCUGGAUCUGAUCCAGGAGGAGUUCUGCAAAGAGACCGGCCAGGGUGACCUGAUAGAGAACAGCAACCUCUCAUCACACGAGGAUAUUGACAGGAAGGAGAAGAAGACUGCAGGCCUAAACAAAACUGUGAGGGAACUGCAGCAGCUGCUACUGGCUGUCAACCGGCAACUCACCAAGGGACAAGAGGCGGAAUCAGACUCGCCUGAAGUAUAGGGAGGGGAGGAUGGACCCUCUCUAGAGACAACCUCUCCACCUCUACCUCUCCUAUCAUGCCCUCAUCCUCUCCUGCUAUACUCCUCGCUUUCCCUUUCACCUGUACUGUAGGCAGCCUCUUGCUGACCCCAUGCCCAGUGCUGACCUAUAACCUCUGACCCCCACCUGCUCCUCCUCAGCAAGGUCAGGGAGAGACCUGGCUGGGCCCCAGAGCAGAGGGGCUCCCUUAAACUACAAACACGCCGAACACCAAACCAGACCUUACUACUGCAAAGUCCCACCACAUUCCUCAUGAUCCCAACAGCACAGCCAGAACUAAAGGCAUCCUACACAUUCAGACUGUGUGGCAUCCCCCCCCCCCCCCCCCCUCUGUUUAGUACCCCCUUUUUUUCAAUGGAACGCUUUGAAUACAUCGUAUUUCUCUGUUAGUUUUCUUUGUCAAGAAGGCGAUGAAGUGGAUUCCUAAAUUAACUUUGGGUUCUUUGUCCUUUUAAGUUAAAAAAGGAAAAAUGUAUUGUUUAAAAAAGUAACUGUUAGGACCUGCUGACUAUACACUAAAAUUGUUGUUCUCUUUAACUCCUGUCCUGACAACUCAAACAUGUACUGUACAUGUGCUGAUUCAUGAAUACAUAACUACUGUACAUGCAUACUUUGGCUGAGUAUUGGGAGGGGAAGGGGAGGGUCCCAGCAUGUCAGAUGGGACACUAAGUAACUGUAACCAUGGAGAUCUGUAGAGGAAGUCUAAGUGCAGAGCCAGUAGGAGGGAGGCUGUGGCUUUGCCUCGCUGUGGGAGCAGAACGACAGGUCUACCGAGUUGAGGUUUUUAAUCCUUCUGUAACUAUUAGAGGAAUCCCAUAUUAUCUGUAAUCAACGCUCGCUAUAUUGUUGGUCAUUUCAUUAACACUGAAUAUUUCGGGGGGGGGUUUUGUAACAGGUGAUCGUUAGUAAAAGGGAUGCUUGAAAAAUCUGCUUAGUGUCCUGUCUUCAGUUCCGCUCAUCUUGACUGCACUUUCUUUGCCAUACCACUGAGGGGCACCAAUCUUCCAGACCUUACCUCUGCUUUUAUGAGCAAAGAUGGGGCCUAGUUCAUUGCAAUUUUCUCCAUUCUACACUUACAAAAUCAACCCCUCAACACAUCUAGAAACCACCUUGAAAUGUUGUGCCUACUUGGGGGUUAAGGGAAGCUUUUUUCGUUGCUUUCAUCUAUCGGAUACUUUCAGACCUAUGAAAUUUAAUUUAGACCUGAAAUAAACAAAGGGAAGGUCAUUAACUCUGCUCAUUUUUUACGCUGAUGACCAACGUUCUAAGUGCAUGACUAAUCAAUAGAAUAAUGUAAGGCUGUCCUCCCCUUUCAAGACAAUCAUGUUGCUGUCAUGUGGUGGGUGUAAUUUUAGGACACAGGAGGGCAUUUGUGUGAUUAUGGUGUGUUAGCAUGACACUUCAAUUAUGAAACUUUGUGUGACUCAGGUUGCCAUCAGGAUGUCAACGAAACGUUACUCAACAGGUUAAUUCCGCAUUCUUGCAAAACAUUGUGCAACACGUUGAUUCAUCAUGCUAUAGUUUAGUGGAAGUAUGGCUGUGGGCUGAAAUGGUAUAAAUAGCUGGGGUUUAGCUAGAAUAAUGACUGGCUGUGGUAACUAGUGACGAAAUAAUAGAUCGCCAAGAAGGACAAGGAAAUAUUAUCAGGUUUGUCACUGACAGCUGUACAAGCAGUGGAUCAGUGAAUUACAUAUCCUGCUUUUACCUUCCAUUCCCGGUGGAGUUCAACAUGUUAGGGAGGACAUCGCAUCUCUGGCGUAUACUUCUGACCACAUUCAGAUGAUUCAGAGGGGUUGAGUUAAAUACCGAAGACACAUCUCGGUUGAAUGACUAGGUAUCCCUUUCCAAUAUACUGUAGUUCAUUUAAGAAUUAGCCUUGAUUGUUUGUUUCCGACUUUACCUUAGCUAAGACAGAGAGGAAACACCCGUUCUAAAAUGGCAUGAUCAUAGAAUUGACUGUGUGUGUGUGUGUGUGUGAGUCAAUGUAGUACACUCAUUGCUCUGCGCUUGUCACCUGUAAACCUGUAUGUGGUCCUUCAGGACUGAAGAAUAACAACAGGACUUUUGUUCAGCACAGGGGUCAGGGGAGAAAGUAGCACAGGAUCAGCACAUUCCAAAAAUUCUCCCACUGUCAUGCUGCAGUCAGCUGAUUAUGGGCCUUAGCCAUCAUGGAGACCUAGCUAUCGACAAAACAGGCGCCACACCAUAACCUCAGCAUAACCCUCUCUACCCUGAUAUGAUACAGGACCGUACAUCAGUGCCUCUGUUAAACACCUUAAUAAACAGUUGUUUCACUUUCC